AAAGUUUUAAAUGGCGACAGAAGAACAUAAAUAUUUAGCAGAUAUUAUAAAAAAUACACAUGCCACGUUGCGGCAAGAAGCUCAGGAUUACGGACCUGAGAUUGCAUGGAAACGACAUAUACGUCGUAAAGAUAUUUUGCAGAAAUAUGCUUCUUGUAUGGAAAAAUUGGCAACUAUCCACUGGAUGGAAAAUAACUUAAACACCAAGAGUUCAACGUAUUCGAGAAUAGAAUGGAUCAAAUAUCAAUGUGAAGAAUACUUUUUAAACGAAGGAAGACAGAAAUAUGAUUUGAGAGAAGAAGAUAUUAAACUGAAAAUAGGCACAAAUUUAUCAAAAACUGAAGUUGCCAUAAAUUGUAAUGUAAAUAUUAAAUGCAAGAAAAAUCAAAUAUUGGAAAACUUCGAUAACGAUCUUGAGAAAUCAGUUCAAAAGAUAUUGUUAUUGGAUGUAGGCAGUUGUUAUAAUCCAUUUGAAGGUCUAGAUAUAUUUGAAGUAACUGCAAUAGAUCUAAGUGGUGUACCAGAUAAAGUUUUUUGUUGUGACUUUUUAAAUGUUCAAAUCGGACAAGAAACAUUAUAUUCAAACGAUAAAAAGGAAAUUUUGCAAUUGCCCGAAAACUAUUUUCAGGUAGUUGUAUUUUCUUUAUUUUUGGAAUAUUUACCCUGCCCGAAACAAAGAUAUUUAUGCUGUAAAAAAGCCUAUGAUUUAUUGCAACCAGGUGGUAUACUUUUUAUCAUAAGCCCUGAUUCAAAACAUGUUAAUGCAAAUGCUAAGAUCAUAAAAUCAUGGAGAUACGUACUGAGUAAAUUAGGAUUUAUGAGAAUAAAAUACGAGAAAUUGCAACAUAUACAUUGCAUAAUAUUCAGAAAAUGUGUAUUUAAACAUGUUGCAUCAAGGUGGGCGAAUUUGCAAGUAUUGCCGCAGGAUGAUCCUUUAUUUUUAGAUGAUACUUCAAUUUAUAUUCCACAAGAUUUCCGAGAUGUAUCUAACAAAAUUAAAGAACGAGAUAAGCAAGAGUACGAUACGAAUGAAGUAAUGACUAUGUUCAAUGAAUUACCUUUUGAGCAAAUGUAACAAGCGAGAUUAACGAUUAAUUUCUAUUUUUUAAAAUUGUAAAUGUAGAUAAAACUCUGAUAAAGAAUUGCGGCAAAAAAUAAAUAUUGACGUUUUUAAA